AUGGAGUAUAUUAUUAACUUAUUUUUGUUGACACAAUCAAUCUACGAGUCACUGUAGCAUUUUCUUCUAUACGUUUCAACUUGCAACACUUUACUAAUAAGUCUCCUGUGAAACUGCAUUAUCGUCUACCUUGCAUUGCAUAUUCUUUGUACACUGUUGAACUAAGUUAUGGCGGCUAUUCUUGGAGGAGCACUUCUAUCGGCUUCCAUGGAGAUGUUGGUGAAAAAGAUUGUUUCUAGUGAGUUUCUUGAUUUGUUUCGGAGGACUAAGCUUGACGUUGAGCUGUUGGAUAAGCUGGAGAUAACACUGCUGAGUCUUCAAUCUGUACUUUAUGAUGCUGAGGACAAACAGAUCACUAACCCUGCUGUCAAGAAGUGGCUGGAGAUGUUGCAAGAUGCUGUCUUUGAAGCUGACCAACUGUUCGACGAACUCAACACUGAAGCUUUAAGGUGCAAAGCUGAAGGUGGUCAGGUUCUUAAUAAGUUUUUGUCUUAUUUUAAAAGGUUUAAUAAAAAGAUCAAUUCUAAACUGCAAAAAUUAUUUGAAAGAUUAGAACAUUUGAGAAACCAAAAUCUUGGAUUGAAAGAAACUGUUUCCAGCGGUGUUUGGAGUAUAACUCCUACAAGUCCUUUUUUGGGAGAUGAAUCUGCUAUUUAUGGCAGAGAUGAUGACAAAAAGAAACUCAAAGAGUUUUUGCUGUCAGAGGAUGGUUGUGAUGGUGGAAGUAAAAUAGGAGUGAUUUCCAUUGUGGGUAUGGGAGGGUUAGGAAAAACAACACAUGCUAAUCUCCUUUACAAUGAUCCUGAUGUGAAGGAGAACUUUGAAGUUAGAGGGUGGGCACAUAUUCCAAAAGAUUUUGUUGAGGUCACAGUCACUAAAACAAUUCUUGAAUCUGUCACUCAAAAAACAAUUGCUGAGACUAACUUUGUUAAACUCAAAGUACAAUUGCAGCAAACUUUAAAGGACAAAAUGUUCUUGUUAGUAUUAGAUGAUAUGACGCAUGAAAACUAUCUUGAGUGGAAUAGUCUAAGUGAUAUCUUUAAUGUUGGGCAAAUAGGAAGUAAGGUCAUCAUCACAGGUCGAGAUGAAAGAGUUGCACUACCCACAUUAAAAUCUCUCUAUGUCCACCGUUUAAGCUCUUUGGAAAUUGAAGAUUCCUGGUCUUUACUAGCCAGGCAUGCAUUUGUAGAAAGAAACUACCAACAACACCCCGAUCUAGAAGAAAUUGGUAGAGAAAUUACAAAAAAAUGUGGCGGUUUACCAUUAGCUGCAAUAGCACUUGGGGGUAUUCUCCGGUUCAUGUCACCGGAUCGUUGGAGUGAUGUGUUAAACAGUAGUAUCUGGGAACAGACAAAUGAUGUGGUGCAGCCAGCUCUGCUAUUGAGCUAUCGUUAUCUUCCAACUUCUUUAAAAGGAUGCUUUGCUUAUUGUUCAAUUUUUCCAAAGAAUUCAAUCUUACUGAAAAAGACGGUGGUUCAGUUGUGGAUGGCAGAAGACUUAAUACCUCAGCAGAAUAGUGAGAAAAGUUGGGAAAAAGUAGCUGAAGAAUACUUUGAUGAACUAGUUUCGAGGUCUCUUAUACUUCAACGGUCCAUUGAUGAUAAGUCAGAAGAGUUCAUUGGUGAUGAAAAAGCAUGCUUUGAAAUGCACGACCUCAUCAAUGAUUUAGCUAUGACAGUAUCAUCUCCAUAUUGCACUAGGUUGGACAAACAUAGGCUAGAUGAAAGGGUAGAUAAAAGAGUGAGACACUUGUCAUUCGAUAAGGAAGAAUAUAACUCAUACGAUAAAUUUGAAAUAUUGCAUGGAUUAAAAGGUCUACGAACCUUUCUACCCAUGCCAUUGCAAGAUUCAUCGGAGUAUUCUAAUUCCGUGUUGUCGAAAUUAUUUUCUGAAUUGUUGUCGACAAUGACACAAUUACACGUGUUGUCACUUUCACACUUCGAAAAUAUCACUGAGAUGCCAAAAUCUAUUGGAAAUUUGAUAUAUUUGCGAUACUUGAAUCUCUCUAGCACUCGAAUUGAAAGUUUGCCUUCAGAAACAUGCAAGCUUUACAAUUUGCAGACGUUGUUGUUGUCAAGAUGCGAGGAACUCACUGAAUUGCCAAAAGACAUGGGGAAAUUGGUGAAACUACGCCACCUUGACAUCCGAGGCACUAAAUUGGAGAAAAUGCCGGCACAAAUGUCCAAAUUAAAAAAUCUACAUACAUUGUCUGACUUUAUUGUGAGUAGUGUUAAGGAGUUUGGAUUGGAGAUUGAAGAUCUUGGAAAAUAUCCCCAUCUACGAGGAAGUCUUUCCAUCUCACAACUUGAAAAUGUGAUUGACUCAUCCCAUGCUUCUCAAGCAAACUUGGAGAUGAAAAAAGAAAUUGACGAGUUGGAAUUAAGAUGGUCUCACAUUGUUCCUUCAAACUCACAAAUACAAGUACUCGAAUGGUUGCGUCCGACGACAAAUUUGAAGAGUUUGACCAUCUACAAAUUUGGUGGAGACAAAUUAUCAAAUUGGGUGGGAGAUCCUUUAUUUGUAAACAUGGUGUGUUUGAAGAUCACAAGGUGUAAAAAAAUUUCAGUGCUGCCAUCUCUGGGGAAACUAAGUAAUCUUAAAGAACUCUCAUUUUCUGGGAUGCAUUCACUAAAGAGUGUUGAUACCAUGUUCUAUGGAAGUGGCUCUUCUUCAUUUCAACCAUUUAUCUCUUUAGAGACUCUGAGCUUUGAAGAUAUGCCAGAGUGGGAGCAAUGGAAGUUGAUUGGAGGUACAUCUAUAGAGUUUCCUAGUCUUAUAUGCUUGUCUCUAGACAGCUGUCCAAAACUGAAAGAAAACAUACCUAGCAACCUUCCUAAGCUUGAAAGUUUGUCACUUAAACAUUGUCCCAAACUUGAAGGGAUGACACCCAACAAUCUUCCUUCUCUUGCCGUCCUUAGCUUAAGUGAUUGUCCCUUAUUGAUGGGGUCAAAACAUUCUAUCACAAACCCACCAUCUGGCUUAUUCAGCCAAUUGGUGAUUUGUCUCAAUUCUCUUCAAAAGUUGACCUUAUACAAUAUUCCAUCUCUAACAUCCUUUCCGAUAGACGGUCUUCCAAAAACCUUACGAUCUCUCUCUAUCACUCUUUGUAGGAACCUGGAGUUCUUUUCUCAUGAAUCUUUUCAUAAUUACUCAUCACUCGAGGAAUUGGAGAUAUCCAAUAGUUGUGAUUCAAUGACAUCAUUUACCUUGGGCUCUCUCCCUGUCCUCAAAAGUCUACAUAUUUCCGAUUGUAAACAUUUAAAAUCCAUAUCAAUAGCAGAAGAUGCAUCCGAACCAAAUCUAGUGUUUCUUAGAAUCAUCGCAAUAGGGGUAUGUGAUGAACUGGAGUCAGUUUCCUUAAGUCGAUUACCCAUUCCUAAACUCAGUUAUUUAAGUUUGUGGGGUUGUAAGAAGUUAAGUUCUCUACGAUUCACUCUAACUAGCCUUCAAGAAAUGGCAAUUCAUCACCUUCCAAAUCUGCAAUCUUUUCCCAUAGAUAUGCUUAUCAAUUUGCGGGAACUGUCGGUCGGCAAUGUUGGAGGGAUUUUGUGGAAUAUAACUUGGCAACAUCACACUUCUCUUUCAAAGCUGGCUAUUUGGGGUGAUGAUAUUGUGAAGGCGCUGAUGGAAAGCCAAGUUCCGUUUCUACCCACUAAUCUCGUUUCCUUACGUAUCUAUGGUUUUGAAGAUAUAGAAUGCUUGGAUGGGAAGUGGCUUCAACAUCUCACCUCUCUCCAUACACUUGAUAUUGGUUAUGCACUCAAGCUCAAGUCGUUGCCAGAAAAGGGGGAAUUGCCUUGCUCUCUUAAAAAACUGCAUAUCAAUUAUUGUCCGUUGUUGGAAGCAAAUUUGCAGAGGAAGAAAGGGAAAGAGUGGCGUAAGAUUUCUCACAUUCCCAUAAUAUAUGUAAACGACGAAAUCAUUGAAUGAGUAUUACAUAAAGGUGAGUCACGAAAAUACAU